CCUCAGCAGCUGUUGACAAUUCUUCAUUCACCAUUAUUUCUUUUCUCUUCACAAUACAAUUCUUCCGUCGCAAGAAAGCAGAGUUCUCAAAAUAAUAAUAAUAAUAAUAAUAAAUAAAAAAUCUGAAAAUCUCUUCUCCGCCAUAAUUCCGUCAUGGAUGAAGUCCAAGAGAAACAGACAGAGAAGCUUCCAGAGAGCGGCAGCGACGAGUCGGACAUCAUCAAUCUCGACGAACUGGAAGAGAUCAUCGGGUACAGGUUCGAGAACCGGGCGUUACUAGAAGAGGCUUUUACGCACGUCUCUUUCUCGCCGGGAAACGGCGUGUCGUACGACCGAUUGGAGUACGUCGGCGACGCCGUUUUGAACCUGCUCUUCUCGAAGGUGCAUUUCUUCCUCUAUCCGCGGCUCUCGUCGGGGCAGUUGACUCGCCUCCGGGCCUCCAACGUCGACACCGAGAAGCUCGCCCGCGUCGCCAUCAAGCACGGCUUGCAUCGUUUUCUACGCCACAACAAGCCUCUCUUCAAGGAUCAGAUUAAGAAGUUCACCCUAGAGAUCUCAGACUAUUCUCUGCAUUCCAAUGGCCUUAUUGACGUGCCAAAAGUUCUAGCGGAUAUUGUUGAAUCCGCAAUAGGAGCUGUUUUCGUAGAUAGCAACUCCUCUUUAGACACUGUCUGGAAGGCGUUUGAGGGUCUUUUGGAGCCCAUAAUCAGUCCAGAAACAAUGAAGCAGCAUCCAGUUACAGAACUAUAUGAAAUGUGCCAAAAAAACAACAUGAAAGUACAAUUUGUCGACUUGUGGGCUAAAAACAUGGCGUUUGAUGUCUUCGUUGAUGGGCAGCUUGUGGGAACGGCUAGCUAUGGUCUAAAGAAAGAAGUUGCUCACAACAGAGCAGCGAAAAAUGCUUUGGACAACAUAGUGAAAAUACUAGGUGAAAAAGAAACCACCCAAGAUCAAGAUGUUUCCGCAAUCAAGUUGAAAUGUACGCAAGAUAAUCUUGAAUGCAAAUAAAAUCUUAAUAAGUUGCAUUUUUAUAAUUUUUUUCAUUGUUAUAAGAUCUCUAUAUUACGUGCGUAAAUAAA